AUGCGCUACCUACGAUUUCUCAAAACGCCCAGGAUUGUGAAUGGACCAAAAUCCUCAGAGCCGGAGAUCUCUUUCCUAAUAACGAUCACUUCUGAUCUGGGUGACUCUUUCUUACCUUACGAUGUCACUCUUUUUGCAGAACUGAUUCCCGAAUCGGGAGGUCCAAUCAUUGCUUCAAAAAAGAUAGUAUGGGGCCCCGGAAUGCGAACUCUCCCAAUCAGUCUACCAUUCAAGAAAUCCAAAGUAAAUGGCGCCGUGAUUGUAAGAGUAGGAACGCAGCCUAAGAUCUCGAGGGACGAUUUCAACAGUCUCCUUCGGCGAGAAACACGCGGUAUAGUAUCUGCAUUCAGUGCGCCAAUAGACCCCAUAAAAGGCACCAAGGAAGCGAGAAAGUUGGUCGAGAGACGCAUAGGACUCGGUGACUCGGACACUUCUGAAGGAAAAUCAGAAAUCCGGAUUUGGGAGGAGACUGGCGAGAGCAUUGCGCGGCACUUAUGGGAUGCCGGGAUUGCAGCGUCGUCAUAUCUUGUAGAACAAGUUCGAAACCCCACCAACGAUGCCUUUUCAAAUGUUUUCAAACGUUCAAAAGACAACCAAUCUUUACGGAUACUAGAACUCGGCACAGGCUGCGGAAUGGCCAGCAUGUCCCUAGCACAAGUCCUAGAAUCCACUGAACUUAUUCUCACCGAUCUAUCCGAAGCCGAAGAGAUUGUCGACCACAACCUCAAAGGCAUCAAAACGGCCAGCAACACCUCCGCCAGCUUCCUGGAACUCGACUGGGAAGCCGAGUUACCCAGUAUUCUCACAGCGAAGCCCAUAGACAUCGCCAUGGCCGCAGACUGCACUUACAAUCCAGACAGCAGCCCGGCACUGGUGAACACGAUCUCCCGCAUCAGCAAACAGUCUCCAACCCUCGCCGUGAUCAUCGCCAUGAAAUUCCGACACUCAAGCGAGGAGGUCUUCUUCGACCUGAUGGCAGAUGCGGGCUUCGUCAAGGUCGCAGAACACGAGAUCCCGCUGCCGGGAGACGAAGAACCUGGGGAGGAAGACGUGCACGUCUAUCUGUUCCGUCACGAUUCUAGUCGACAGCUAGGAGAAAUCACGGCAACGAGACAACGGCGCGAAAGCAAUGCAAAUGCCUCCGAGCCUCUAGCGAAGAAGCGGAGGAAGUCGAAGGAUCGGAAUUGA